AGAAAAGAAACAUCAUCACAUUCACAUCUCUGAACUUAUGGAGCAAAAAAUAUUUUCUCCUCUGCUUGGAUUCAAGAAGUUCAAGCCACACUUGAUCAUGGUCUUAGCCCAAGUUGGCUAUACCUUCUUAUAUUUUAUCAGUGAAGCUUCCUUCAAUCAUGGAAUGAGUCCUUAUGUUUAUGUUACAUAUCGACAUAUUUUCGCCGGUGUUGUGAUGCUCCCUUUUGCGUACUUUCUUGAGAGAAAAGUAAGACCCAAGCUGACUUUUGCUCUUUUUAUGGAAAUUUCUGUGCUUUCUUUGUUAGGGAUCACCAUGGCACUCAAUUUGUAUUUUGCAAGCUUAAAGUAUACUUCUCCAACCUUUCUUGCUUCCAUGUUCAAUACCAUAGCUUCCCUUACCUUCAUUAUUGCAGUGGCACUCAGGUUUGAAGUUAUUGAUAUUAAAAAUCCACGUGGAAUUGCAAAAGUACUUGGGACCUUGACAUCCUUAACUGGUGUUAUGACCAUGACACUAUACAAGGGACCUAUUAUGAGAAAUUUGUGGAGUCCUCUAAUCCAUAUUCAACCAAAAAGUGCUUCUGUUAGUGAGAGUGGGUUAAAGGGUUCACUUAUUACAGUUUUAUGCUGUGUCACGUUUUCUAUAUGGUACAUUAUGCAGGCAUCAACUCUAAAAAGAUAUCCAGCACAAUUAUCACUCACUACAUGGAUGUGCUUUAUGGGAGCAGCACAAUCAGCCAUUUUCACAAUAAUAGUAGAACAUAAUAACCCUUCAGCAUGGAUUAUAGGAUUCAACAUUGACUUGUGGUCCAUAAUAUAUGGGGGAAUUGUUGCUGGUGGUUUGUUGAUCUACAUUCAACUAUGGUGCACUGAGAAAAAAGGACCAGUUUUUGUCACAAUGUUUAACCCUCUUUGUACCAUAUUUGUGACAAUUCUAGCAUACUUCGUCUUUGGUGAAAAACUUUAUUUGGGCAGCAUCAUAGGUGGUUUUAUUGUCAUCGUGGGUCUAUAUUUGUUGCUGUGGGGUAAAGAAGGUGACAAAGAUGUUGAUUUCAAGACCAAGCAGUGCAAUAGUGAAGACCCAGAAUGCAUAGUAUAAUCAGUAACUUUAGCUGGAAAGGUUGUAGAAGUGUAUAUCCAAGUGAGAAUAGAAUAAAGUUUUUGCAUCAUGAGGAUUGAGGAAGAAUUUGUAGGUUUAUUCUGGCUAUAUAUACGUUUUUUGCAAAACCAAGGCUUCACAAAGUUCGUUUUUACCUUCCUGUUUUACAACCAGUAACAAAAUUAAAUAAGAUUCUCUCCCAAUCAAAGGAGAAAAAGAUAGUUGAUUAUCA